AUGUCGCCGUACAACCGUCGCCUCGACCCGGGGUCGAAUUGUGCCUAUUCCCAAAGCACGUACCGUCUCAUCCGGAGCGGAACCCUCCGCAACCUCUUCUGGAUUGGAGUCGUUCCCCGCAUCGUUGCGAGGGCCGAAUGUCGACGCCACGCCUCGCCGCCUCUGUCCAAUAGCCUCGUCCCACCGCAGUCGUAUGAGUGGGCAAAAAGGGGACAUGGCCGUAUAAGCGGUGCAGCAUGCCCAGCUGCUUGGUCCUCUGCUUUAGAUAAUCCGCCGGCGAAAUUCAAUCCUACUCUGGACGUGACAGACUCAUACUGCCAGGACCUCACUCGCGGCAGCAGCUCUUUCUCGUUCGGCCCUACUGACCAGGGGGGGCCAUUUGCCUGA